GGGAAGGCUCCCGGACUCUGUGGUGCUGGGUGGUUCAGGACGGCUGGGCGGGGCUGAGUUCCCCAGAUCAGAACUGGAGAGGAUGUUACGGGAUCCCUGCCCAGCCCGUGGAGGAAGCACCUGCCUACCCCGAGCCUUCCCCUAACCGGAGCGGAGAUUUCCUCCGCCCCUCCUGCCGGCCUUUGGAGGAAAGUGAAAGUGAAAGGGGGAAGAGGCGGCUUCGGAGCUGAGAAGAUCGCGGCGCCAUGAAGCCCCUGUCCCUGCUCCUCGCUGUGGCUCUGGUCUCGGCGACCGCCGUCUUGGCGGGACCCGCAGUGAUAGAGUGCUGGUUCGUGGAGGACGAGGGCGGCGGCCGGUUGUCCAAGAAACCUGCUGCACUGCUGCUGCGCCAGGGCCCGGAGAGCCCACCUCCCCGGCCGGACCUCGACCCAGAGCGCUACCUCAAAGUGCAUGACCCCGCGGGCACCCUCCUGGCCGCCUUCAGGCGAUACCCGCGGGACGCCCCCGCUCCACGCUGCGAAAUGAGCCACUACGUCCCGCUCCCUGCCUCGGCGAACUGGGUCAGCGGCUUGACCCCGGAGCAGAGCUGCCCGCGGGCCCUGGAUGGGACUUGGCUCAUGGUCAGCAUGUCCAGCCCGGUCCUCAGCCUCUCCAGCCUCCUUCGACCACAGUCCGAGCCUCAGCCGGAGCCUGCUCUCAUCACCAUGGCAACAGCUGUGCUGACUGUCCUCACUCACACCCCCACCCCUCGCAUCCGAAUGGGACAAGAUGCCCUGCUGGACUUGAGCUUUGCCUACACGCCCCCCACCCCCAAGGCUGCUACCUCUCUGGCCCCAGGUCCCCCUCCCUUUGGGCUGGAAUGGCGACGCCAGCACCUGGGUAAGGGGCACCUGAUGCUGGCUGCGACUCCUGGGCUGAGUGGGCAAAUGCCAGUUGCCCGAGAGGGGGCGGUGGCAUUUGCUGCUUGGGAUGAUGAUGAGCCCUUGGGGCCAUGGACCGGAAAUGGGACCUUCUGGCUGCCUGCAGUGCAGCCCUUCCAGGAGGGCACCUAUCUGGCUACUGUACACCUGCCAUACCUGCAAGGGCAGACCACCCUGGAGCUUGCUGUACAGAAGCCCCCCAAGGUGGCCCUGACACCAGCACCUCUUAUAUGGGCUGCCCCCAGGGAGGCACCCCCGGAGCUGCUCUGCCUCGUGUCCCACUUCUACCCUUCCGAGGGCCUGGAGGUGGAGUGGGAGCUCUGGGAUGGCCCAGAGGGUCGCUUUCAGAAGGCCGAGGGGCAGAGGUGGCUCUCGGCCCUGAGCCAUCACUCAGAUGGCUCUGUGAGCCUCUCUGCACACCUGCAGCCACCCCCGGUCACCACUGGGCAGCACGGGGCACGCUAUGCCUGUCGUGUCCACCACCCCAGCCUGCCCGCCUCGGGGCGCAGCGCCAAGGUCACCCUGCAGGUAGCUGGUCUCUCUGGGCCCUCUCUGGAGGAUGGCGUAGGCCUCUUCCUGUCUGCCUUUCUCCUCCUUGGGCUCAUCAACGUGCUGGGCUGGGCCGCUGCCUACCUGGCAACUUCCAAGGAUUCAACGGAAAAGAAAACACAGUGAGGCCAACUCACCACCAUCCUGGGGCAGCCACCAUCAUCUUCUCUGGUCUGAGCCACUGUAGUAACUCCCCCGAAUUGUAUACCCUUGGUUCCUGCUCCCUCCAGUCUCUCUCCAGUGAGCAGCUGCUUUCUGAAAAGACACAAGACCUUCUUAGGGCUCUAGAGCAGCACUUCUCAAAAAUUUUGUUCUCAGGACCUCUUACAAAUUAUCAAGGACCCUAUAGAGCUUUUGCUUAUGUGGGUUAUAAACUAUAGAUAUUUAUUGUACUAGAACUUAAAACUGAGAACAAUUUAAUACACAGGAAGACACAAGCACACGUUCCAUUAGCUGUGGGGACGAUGUCAAUACACGUCAUGUAGCUUCAGGAAAACACUGUACGUUUUUUAGAGAAUGAGAAUGAAAAGGCAAAUAACAGUUUGGGAUUGUUAUGAAAAUAGCCUAAACUUCGCAUACCCCCUGAAAUAGUCUCAGGGACCUCUGGGACAGAAACGGGUGCUCUAGAGGCAAAAUCCAUUCUUCUUGUCCUGGCUUGUGUAUCCCUGCGCUCCAGCCACUGCUUACCUCUUCAAGCCCGCCUCGUGCUCUCUCCGGCCCUCUUCUCAAUGCUGGUCACACCUACGGCUGAUCCUUUUUUUUAAUAGCCUCCCACCCUCCCUGGGUCCCAGAGCGCUGUUCCCUCUGCCUGGUCCACCCUCGCCCUUCCUGGGCUCCAGACCAGGUCAGCCUUGUCAUUCCCUCAGAUGGCCGCGUGUCCCUCUUGUGCGGUUCACCACGGUUGUAUUUAAGUGAUUGUGCGAGUCGUUGUUAAAUGCCUGUCUCCCUGCCCGGACUGUCGGCUCCUCGAAGGCGAGGACGAGCCUGUCCGUACCCUGGUGUAUCCCCCGCGCUGGCACAGGCCCUGGCGCCCGCUGGAGGGCGCUCAACAUAAGAAGUUAGUCUUUUUGCGUCCUAAGAAUUCAAAUGCAGGUGUUGGAUCAAAUAACUAUUGGAGGAUGGAAGCAGCGGCUCGGCUUAGGGACCUCCGAAGGUCAGGACGGUUGGCCAGACCGACGCGGGGAGCGGGUCUAAUCGUAUGGGAAUAAACUUGUUCAGUGC